AGCGCGUGAACGGAUAAGGGCCGGGGGGGAGGGGCCCGCUUCGGCGGGUAGUAACGGCCGCGCUCGCGCCGGCGCGUGUGGCGUUACGUCGGGGCCACUCCAACGGUCGCUUCUCCUCAGCGGUGCACGCCGCCGCCGCCCGCGCUUUUCCCGCUGUCCCUCUGCCGGGGAGGAUGCGCCGUCUCUGCCCGGCAGCGGCAGGUAGACGGGGGAGACGAUGAGGGAGCGGCCCCGCCGGCUCCUGGCCCUGGGCUCCUGCCUCUUCCUCUGCGCCGUGCUCUGGCUUCCUAUUUGGCAUGUCUUUUGUAAAGACAGUCUUUCAUCAGCGGUGCAAUAUGCUUCAGGUGAUGCUUGUGCCCUGGCAAAUGAUGAUGAAAAUGUCCAGGAAAAGGGGGAAGAGGCUGGUCCCAGACUGGAGUCUGAGCAUGCAGACUCAAGUACACGGAGUUACCCUACAGAAGAGCUACUUGAUGACUUUACAAAAUCUGACCAGACUACAGAAAUGAGUGAAGCAAGCCAACCUGAAGUUGAGACUCCACCUUCAGCAGAUUUAAAUGAAGCUUCAUCUAGCAUAGUUGCAAGCACUGAAAACACUUCCAGUUCACCUACCUCAGAGAUACCUCCAGUCUCGCAGCCUGAUGCAAUAGAAAAUUCCCGUGCUGAUAUCCCUGUAGUCAGCUCUAGUGAAGCUGAGCAGUCAGAACCUGACUGUGAUAUUGGUGGGACACUUGAGGCUGACCCUCAGAGUGAGCCUUCCUCUUUUGUCAGCCCACCAGAAAGCCUUGCAGGUCAACAUAUAGAGAACAUAUCAUCUUCACAUGGCAAGGGAAAGAAGACAAAAUCAGAGUUUGACUCAAAAGUUUCAGCAGCUGAAAAGGGAGCAGAUGAGCAAAAAUCUGCUUUGAAUGCUUCAGAGAACUUAAAAAAAGAGAAAGACUAUAAGAAAGCAGGAGAAAUUGACCCUACGUCGGUGAUGACUCCAAAGGACCCUGAAGACAUUCCAACAUUUGACGAAUGGAAGAAGAAAGUUAUGGAAGUAGAGAAAGAGAAGAGUCAGUCAAUGCACCCUUCUGCUGUUGGUGGGCAGCACUCCACAAAAAAGGUCCAGAAAAACAGAAAUAACUAUGCCUCUGUAGAGUGUGGUGCCAAAAUUCUGGCAGCGAAUCCAGAGGCAAAGAGCACUUCAGCUAUUUUGAUGGAAAACAUGGACCUUUAUAUGCUAAAUCCUUGCAGUACUAAAAUCUGGUUUGUUAUCGAGCUCUGUGAACCAGUCCAAGUAAAGCAGCUUGACAUUGCAAAUCAUGAAUUAUUCUCUUCCACUCCUAAGGACUUUCUGGUGUCUAUUAGUGACAGGUAUCCAACAAACAAAUGGAUUAAAUUAGGUACUUUCCAUGCUAGAGAUGAGAGAAAUGUCCAAAGCUUUCCUCUGGAUGAACAGAUGUAUGCAAAAUAUGUUAAGAUGUUCAUCAAGUACAUAAAGGUGGAGUUGAUAUCGCACUUUGGAUCGGAACAUUUUUGUCCUCUGAGUCUUAUAAGGGUAUUUGGUACAAGCAUGGUUGAAGAGUAUGAAGAAAUAGCUGAUUCUCAGUAUCAGUCUGAACGACAAGAACUCUUUGAUGAAGAUUAUGAUUAUCUAUUGGAUUAUAAUACAGGGGAAGAAAAAUCUUCAAAAAAUCUCCUUGGUUCUGCUACAAAUGCUAUCCUAAGUAUGGUGAAUAUUGCUGCUAAUAUGCUUGGAGCCAAAACUGAAGAAUCCUCUGAAGCUGAAGCAGGCAACAAAAGUUUGUCUGAAAAUGUCACUGCCACCCCUGCAACUUCAACAGCUGCACCGAGGCUGCUUGAACCAACUCCUGUUCCUUCACCAGAGCUUGUUACUACAGAUAUUCCACAGAUAGAUAAAGAGCAAUUAAUUGUGGAUUUGACGAAAGAAAAUCCUAUUGUUCAACUAGUACAAGAGUACGAAGAAGAUACAAGCCAGUCAACAGUAACCUUGCUGCCCAGUGAUGAUCAGGAAGAAGUAGCAGCAUCAUGGUUUGAACUUGAGACAGAAAAGUACUGCUAUGACAUAGCAACAGCAUGUUGUAUUUCCACUUUUUCAGAAUAUCUGUUUAAGUGGUGUUCAGUUGCAGUAGCCAUGCAUCGACAGCGUAGUAAAACUGCAGGUAAACAAGGGCAAGAUUACUCUGCUGAUGUUCAGCAGCCACAGGUGGUUCUGACUGAAUCUGUACAUAUGUCAAUAGAUGAGCCUCCGCCUGACGAAUUAGACAGCAAAGCUGAGAGAACAUCUGGAUCUGCUGUUGCAGUUGACUUCAGCGUUGCAGUCCAUGAGGAGAUCAGUAACGAGACCACAGAUUCAGUUGAACUGGAACCAAGCCAUCCUCAAACUGUCUCUCAAUCCCUCCUCUUAGAAGUUACUACUGAAAUUAAGCCGUUUCCAACAACAGACACUGCACUGGAGCCUGCCAAAGAUGAUGCAGGCCAGGUAAUGCCAAGAGUGACUCCCCAGGUCGAUGAAGCUGAGAUCAGUGAAGAAACAGAAAAGGCUGAGAGCUCUGUUGCAGAAGAAACCCCUGUAGUUUCCGAGACUAGUGUGGCCACUGAGGUAAAGGAGAUGAGCGCAAGGGAGACUGUUGCUACUCCGAUUAUUUUAAGGCCUACAGAGACCGUUCUGCAGCCUGAACACACAGUGGGCAUGUUAGCUGGUGAUGCUGGAGAGGGAAAGGAAAGCACUCCAGAAGUGCAGAAACCUGUUUUGCUUCCUGUUGAGUCUUCUGUAUCUGCUGAAACAAAGGAGGAUGAUCAGACAGCUGAAGAAGCUUUCAUGGCGAUUCCAGUCUCUGGAGGACUGCAGAGAACAGCUACAGACUUCUAUGCCGAACUGCAGAAUUCAACAGAUCUAGGUUAUGCAAAUGGAAAUCUUGUUCACGGAUCUAAUCAGAAGGAGUCUGUCUUCAUGCGCCUGAAUAAUCGCAUAAAAGCACUAGAAGUAAACAUGUCUCUCAGCAGCCGUUAUUUAGAAGAACUUAGUCAGAGGUACCGAAAGCAAAUGGAAGAAAUGCAGAAGGCUUUCAAUAAAACAAUAAUAAAACUUCAGAACACCUCAAGAAUAGCAGAAGAGCAGGAUCAACGGCAAACAGAAGCAAUCCAGCUGUUACAGGCACAGCUCUCCAACAUGACACAGCUAGCUUCCAAUCUGUCAACAACUGUGGCGGAGUUAAAACGUGAGGUUUCUGAUCGGCAGACUUACCUUGUGAUUUCUCUGGUUCUAUGUGUCAUUCUGGGCUUGGUGCUAUGUGUGCAGCGGUGCAGAGGCAAUUCUCAGUUCUGUGAAGAUUACCUCUCAAAAAUUCCCAAAAGUAAUCACUACCCUAGUCCCAAAAGGUGUUUUUCCUCCUAUGAUGAUAUGAAUUUGAAAAGAAGAACUUCUCUUCCACUGGUCAGAUCACAGUCUUUUCAGCUAGCUGGUAAAGAAGAUCUGGCAGUGUCAGCACUGCUAAAUUUAUGUUCCCCCUCUUACAGUGGAAGCAGAGGACCUGUACAUUGUGGAGCCCCUGAAGUUUUCCCCGGAGAAGAAGAAAAAGCGUUGUAAAUACAAAAGUGAAAAAAUAGAGACUAUUAAGCCAACAACAGAGCCUCUGCAUCCAAUAGCCAACGGGGAAAUUAAAGGAAGGAAGCCUUUUACGAACCAGAGGGACUUCUCUAACAUUGGGGAAGUUUAUCACUCUUCGUAUAAGGGUCCUCCAUCGGAAGGAAGCUCUGAAACAUCAUCGCAGUCUGAGGAGUCCUACUUUUGUGGCAUUUCAGCAUGUACAAGUCUGUGCAAUGGACAGACUCAAAAGACAAAAACUGAGAAGAGGGCUAUAAAACGAAGACGGUCUAAAGUUUCAGACCAAGGGAAGCUCAUAAAAACUCUAAUACAGACUAAGUCAGGGUCAAUGCCAAGCCUGCAUGACAUAAUCAAAGGAAACAAAGAUAUAACAGUGGGAACACUUGGUGUCACGACAGUUUCUGGACACAUCUAAAACUAGCUGAACUUCUCAAACAGGAGAGUGUUUGUUCGUUUGAGAACAGUCUGUGGUAUUCUGUGUGAGGAUGGUGGGAGAUUAAGAGCUCAACUAAUUGGAAAGUAUUCAGAAAUUUGGUUUCUGUCUUUUUAAAUAGAUGGGAUUGUGUCAAUCUUGGCUAUAAGCUGCAGCUUUACAAGGCUGAUAAUUUCCUAUGAGAACAGCUUGGGGGGAGGGAGGACUGGGUUCAUUUUAUAAAGGUUUUUUUUCACAGUUCCUGGGGCAGAGAUUUUUUGAAACCCCAUUUGUUGGGUGGAAUAGGGAUAAAAGCCUAAUCCUCUUCCUUUAGCUUUGUUCCUAUUUCUUGCACCUUCCCAUAUUUAUGUGCCUUUUGUCUAUUUAUAAUGCCACUGGAAGAGGGGAGAUACAAUUGUUUGUCAUUUGAUUUAUUUUGUAAUUUCUCUAGCUUUUUUUGAAGAUGCAACACUACAGUGCUGUAAAGGGACAUGUGUUGGCCUUCAGCUGGACUCAGUAAUGUGGACUGGAUACUGUAAAAAUACUAAUAGAUGGACUUGCCUGACUAGAUGCUGGUUUUGCAAACUUGGUUGAGGAAAUAAUCUCACAAUGGAUGAUAAUAGCGUUAAUUUCCACCUUCAGUUAUGAGUCAGAGCUGUAGUCUGAUGUUAUAAAUGGCAGUGGCUCUUUGGGAUUUCCUGUGUCCAGUGGAGUCUCAGGCUGCUGAAUGCAUUUAUCUCAGUUGUCUACGGUAGUUCGUUGAAGGAAGAAAUUGGGAGAACGCUCAGUGCUGCUGUGCUGAGAGCUGAGGCUCAGCUGAGGAGUGCAAGGGGUUGAGCUGGUGUAGCUGAGCCAUUCCAGCCAGCUCUGGAUGGGUUGAGUUUGCAAAGCCUUGAAGUCUGACCUGUCAGGCUUGUUCAAAGUGGGUAUUUCCAUAACGUUUGCUUUUGUAUUGGCUAACAAAUGUGCAGUGUUUGUAUGGUUGGUAUUUUCAUAUCCAAGUGUUUUUUAUUUUGACUGUGAUUAUAUAUUUGGAUACUCUAGGAUGUGUGAUUGCUAAAAUGUUGUGUGUAUCUGAGUGAGUGGAACAAAAGGUUAUUCCUUUUGACAGGUGUUACAGGUUCACGUUGUAAAAAAAUAAGUUAACUUAUUGAGCACUUUUAGUGGUACCCUUUUUAACAGAUCUAAUGCCUUUCCUGGGUAUUGUAUGUAAUGUGACUUAUUUAAAGCUUUUGUUUUUUUUGCUGCUUUCUUGUUAGUUUUUGAAUACUUUAAGGUGAUGUAAUUUUGGAGUUGAUCUGCACAAUUAGCCAGUCAGAGCUCAUGAACCAGACAUGUUGAACAUGAAUUCAGAAGGGUUUCAAACCUGGAUGAGGAAAAUAUAUACCACCUGAGUGCAGCAUACAAUGUUGUGGAAGGAGAGUAUGUAACUACAGAGCUGUAGUGCCAUUAGAAACUGUGAAUUUCCAAAUAAAUCUGAACACUUUGUCUUUAA